CACAUUCUCAUCAUACCAUCACGAUGAAUAGAUUAUUCGGCGCAAAGUCCUCAACCCCCAAACCAACCCUCACUUCUGCGAUUUCAAAUGUCGAAGAACGUAUCUCCUCCCUCGACGUCAAACUCUCCUCCAUAAACAUCGAACUCACCUCCUACCAAACCAAGCUCUCCAAAAUGCGCGACGGCCCCGGCAAAACCGCCAUCAAACAAAAAGCUCUCAAAGUUCUGCAACGCCGCAAAAUGUAUGAAGGCCAGCGCGACCAAUUACAGCAACAAUCCUACAACAUGGAAAGCGCAGCCAUGAUGCAAGAUAAUCUGCAAAACGUCAUGACGACCGUGUCGACACUCAAGUCGACGAACGCGGCGCUGAAAAAACAAUAUGGCAAAAUUGAUAUUGAUAAGAUUGAGAGGAUGCAGGAUGAGAUGGCGGAUUUGAUGGAGGUGGGGAAUGAGAUCCAGGAGAGUAUUAGUAGGAGUUAUGAUUUACCGGAGGAGGUGGAUGAGGCGGAGCUGGAUGCGGAGUUGGAGGCGCUGGGGGAGGAGGCAGAGUUAGAGGGGUUGGGGGGCAUGGCAGAGGGGACGCCAAGUUUUAUGCUGGAUGAGGCGCCGAGUUUUGUUGAUGAGCCACCACAAAAGGUGGGUGAGGUUAAGGAAGCUGCUACUUGA